UUAGUAAGUGAAUAACAGAACCUUUUAUUUUAUUCGUUUGAAAAUGUUGUCUAGAAAACAUUUGCUUCUACUCUUGAUAAUGGUCAAUUAUGACCUAACCUCUGGUGCGGUAACGCUAGAGGUGGACGUCAAUUCGAAUACUCAUCCGAUCUCGUCGUACAUAUACGGUACGUCAUUUAUGAACGACGUCGAGUUUGCCAAAGAGAUCAAAUUGUCGGUCGACAGAUUUGGAGGCAACGCCGCCACCAGGUACAACUGGAAGAUCGACGCGACCAACCGCGCGUCCGACUGGUUCUUCGAGAACUUACCCGAGGACAACAAAUAUCCGGAGAAACUUCCCGACGGAUCUACAACUGACCUAUUCGUCGAGAAAGACAAGUCGAUCGGUGCACGCACGAUGCUCACUAUUUCGCUCAUCGGCUGGGUGCCAAAGAACAGGUACUGUAUUGUACGGACUUGCUUAUGUUCAUUCUGAUCAAGGGUCAUGGGGGGUUUCGUUGGAGCAGUAGACUGACUAUAUUAAUUGUAGCAAUUUCAAUAAUGGUGGGUAUGACAUAAAUUAAGAUUUCAAAUAGCAAAAUAUUUCAAUUUGAAACCAAUUAAUCACACGAAUUGAUCAAAAGGUGUCACAAGUCUGUCAUUCAAUUCAAUACUCAUUUUGAAUCGCCACCACUAAUAUGAUGUACAACUGCAGCAGUGACAUGAUAUAUUCUUCAGUACGUACAGAGCAGAAGGUGUAAAUAUGGAAUACCAUUUUGUUCAGUACAAAGAAAAAAUUUUUUAAUUUGCAGAAAUAACACAAAUUUAGGGAAAAGGUACUUUAGACAAUUAUACACCAACAUAUAAAAGCAAAUGUGUAAUAAUCCAAAACAUUAUUACAAAAAAAGUUUAAAAUGAAAAAAUGACAAAAUACACAUUUAAAAAAAGGUGGUUUCAAAUAUGGAAUGCGUUAAAAACCUAAGAUAUAAUAAACCAACAUAUUGCUUACUUGCACCAGUCGCAAACAUACUCGUCUUUUUCGGCGCUUGCACACUCAUUAUAGGCCCACAUUGAGCACAUUAAGCACUGAACUCAUAAUCCUCUCCUCUGAUCAGUAGAAAACGCAUGUUCGCAAAACAUGCAAUGAGCAUCGUCCUUAUUCGGUUGUAAUUGUCCCGGCAUAU